CAUUGGGGAUGGGGACACUGGGGAUGGGGCCAUUGGGGACAUUUGGAUGGGGACAACCACAGGGACAGGGAUGGGGACACAGGGGACAUGUGGAUAGGGCUCACUGGGGACAUUUGGUUGGGAUCUUUGGGGACAUCUGGAUGGGGACAUUGGGGAUAUUCGAAUGGUGGCACUGGGGACAGGAUGGGGACAUCCACAAGGACAGGGAUGGGGACACUUAGGGGACAUCGGAUGGGGACAACCACAGGCACAGAGAUGGGGACACUUGAAUGGGGACUUUGGGGACAUUGGAUGGGGACACUCGUGGGAAUGGGGACACUGGGGACUGAAUGAGGACCUUGGGGACAGAAUGGGGACAGUGGCGCUGGGAAUGGGUCAGGAACGCUGGGGCAGGGCCUGGGCCGCCCACGGGGACAUCGGGGCCACCCAGGGUGGGGACGGGUGACAUCGAAGAGGUGGCACCGAAACUGGCCUAGGGCGGAGGGACAGGGAGGGGGACACCGGGGGGAGUGGGUACGUGGGGGUGGUGUGGACCAGUAGGGACCAGUAUGGGCCCAUAGGAACCAGUACGGACCCACAGGGAUCAGUACGGACCCAUAGGAACCAGUUGGGGACCCAUGGAGACCAGUAUGGAACCAUAAGGAAUGGACCACAGUGGGACCAGUAUGUCCCCAAUGGGACCAACCCAUUCCCAGUGGGAACUGGUCCCCACCCGACCGUGGGCGGCUGCACCCGGGUUGGGUCGAAAGCGCGGGCGGCGGUGGCACGUCCCACCCGGCCAUAAAACCGGCACUCCCAGUGCUCCCAGUGCUCCCAGUGCGCCCGGCAGCACCCAUGGGUGCCCCCAGGACCGUCGGCGUCCUGCUCGUCCUGCUCGCCCUGCUCCGUCCCCACGGGAUCGGUGUCACCGCCCGCACUCUGCCCGUCCCUGUCACCGUCCCCGUCCCCACCACCGCCCCCGUCCCCGUCACCGUGCCCAGCCCCGUCCCCGACAUCGUCCCCACGGCCACCGCCGUCCCCACGGCCGCCACCGUCCCCGACCCCGUGGAGGAAGUGGAGGAGGAGAUGGAGGAGGAGGAGGAGGAUGAAGGCCACGCGCUGUCCCCCCUGGAGCUCCUCUCCCGACGCCGCGACCCCGAUGUCCCCGAAUCCCUCCUGGAGAUUGUCCCCGAGCUGCGUGACCUCCUGUCCCCGUCCUCGUCACCGUCACCGCCGUCGUCACCCGCUGGGGGUCCCCAGCUGCCCCUCCUGGCGGGCGCUGUCCCCUGCGUCGCCCCCCGGGACCCCUAAAUUGGGGGGUGGUCACCGGUCCGGUGUCACCGCUGUCACCCUGAUGCCACCGUUGUCACCCGCAGUGUCAUUGUUGUCACCCUAGUGGCAUUGUUGUCACCCGUUAGUGUCACUGUUGUCAUCUCGA